AUUAAACACUAUAUGUAAAUAUUAAGUUUUAGGUUUAUAAGAUCCAGGCUAAACCAGUAUUGCCAUUUAUAUAUGUUUCCCUCUUUAGGUCCAUCAACUAUGUACAAGGUCCCGGGAAGAUUUUGGUGUAGGACGUACUCGCAAACAUUUGGUCAACGACUUGGGCUUGCUAAUUAAUAUUCCGUCAUUCCAAAGCUGCGGGAACAGCUGCGCAGCUGAAAUCGCCGGCUCGCCGGACAAGAGUUUAGAAUUACAAAUGUCAGCGUCUAUGUCACAGUCAAAUUGGCAAUGGGAGAACGCUAUUGCAGGCGCCGUAGCAGGCUUCGCCACCGUCGCUGCUACGCAUCCUCUGGAUGUCGUCCGUACUAGGUUUCAAGUUAACGAUGGCCGGGUUUCCAAUCUUCCAAUCUACAAGAAUACUGCCCAUGCUAUUUCAGCCAUUGCUCGCAUCGAGGGUUUGAAAGGGCUUUAUGCUGGCUUCUUUCCGUCAGUUCUUGGCUCAACAGUUUCAUGGGGUUUAUAUUUUUUCUUCUAUGGCAGAGCCAAAGAAAGGUAUUCUAAGGAUAGGGAUAAGCAGUUGAGCCCUGGUCUACACCUUGCAUCUGCUGCAGAAGCUGGAGCUUUAGUUUGCUUGUGUACGAAUCCUAUUUGGCUUGUAAAGACAAGGUUGCAGCUUCAGACUCCUUUGCACCAAACUCAAGCUUAUUCUGGGCUUUAUGAUGCCUUGAAAACCAUAAUGAAAGAUGAAGGAUGGAGUGCACUUUACAAAGGGAUUGUUCCUGGUCUUUUCCUGCAGGUUUCUCACGGGGCUAUUCAGUUCACAGCAUAUGAGGAACUUCGAAAAGUUAUUGUUGAUUAUAAGUCUAAAGGAAGCAGGAGGAAUUAUAAAACUUCAGAUGCUGAUCCACUGAAUUCAGUUGAUUAUGCUGUGCUUGGGGGUUCUUCUAAACUUGCUGCCAUUAUUUUGACGUACCCAUUUCAGGUUAUUCGUGCUCGGUUGCAGCAACGACCUAGCACUGAUGGAGUUCCAAAAUAUAUGGAUAGCUGGCAUGUCGUGAAGGAAACUGCAAGGUUUGAGGGCUUUGGAGGUUUUUACAGGGGCAUCACACCAAACUUUCUUAAAAAUGUUCCUGCCGCUUCAAUAACAUUUGUUGUGUACGAGAAUGUCUUGAAAUUGCUGAAAUUGACAAGAAGGAAUGACUAGCUUUAUUUAAUUCAAAAUUUUGUUUACAUUCUUUUUGUAGCUAGCUAAGUACUAGUAAAGUGGGUUUGAAAAAGAUUGAGUACAUUGGUUGUGGGUUUCCAUUGCAAAUAGAGGGAAAAUGAUAUUGUCAUUAUUUUUUGGAAAUAAUGGAGGUUUCGCAAGCUGUAUCUUUCUUGAUAUCACCUUGCCAUUGGGAAAGACAUUAUUGAUGUGAGAAAUAAAGUGGGAAGUAGGUAAGUGGUAAACAGUGUGUUACAAUUAUUCUGAGGUGUCAUACACCACUUAAAUGCCAACGGGCCUCAGUCCUUUCAAAGAAAAUAGAGUUUCCAGGAAGCUCCAUAAUGAUGACUUCGCAAGUUUGCUUCAUGCCAUGUAUUGCAUUAUUGUAUGUUUGUUCAAUUGGUGCACGGCAAGACAAUCCAAUUUGUGCAUACGCCAUCUAAAUUCUAAGGGGCCUCAAUCCACCAAGCUAGAUCUUCAAGGAAGCUCAAUAGUCGUGACUUCUUAAGACAUCAUGUCAGGUUGAGCAUAAAUAUUCUAUGUGUACAAUGAGAGGAAGAAAGAUAACAGAAAGGGACAACUCCAGAGCACAAUUUCUUUCUUUCAGGAAUCUACAGAAUCUCCAUUGUUAUGAAUGUCCUUCCUGACUAACAUUAUACUGAACGCCGAGACCUAUAAAAUCCAUAACAAAUGUAGAAAGUGAGAUUCUUUUAACUUCUAAUACAUGUUCACUCAGUCAUAGUUUUUAAUUUGUGCCCCCUUAAAAAGAAAAAAAGAAUGCAUGUUUUCUGUAGGACUGCACAUUUACAUGCAUGAAGGCAUCUGUGUGCGCAUGCAUACAUGCAUACUUGUGUACCGGGUGUAACUUACAAUUGUGCGGACGUAUGUACUUGUGGAUAAUUAUUAGAAAAUUAUAGACAAAACUUAAUGAAAAGACC